AUUGAAAAGCCCAAACCUAUAAAAUGUGGGACUUUCGGUGCUACGUCUCUGCAGCAAAGAUACUUGGCUACGGGAGAUUUUGGUGGGAACCUGAACAUAUGGAAUUUAGAAGCUCCUGAAAUACCAGUGUAUUCUGUGAAAGGUCAUAAGGAAAUCAUAAACAGUAUAGAUGGUGUAGGUGGCUUAGGAAUUGGGGAAGGUGCACCAGAAAUUGUGACUGGCAGUCGAGAUGGAACUGUGAAGGUGUGGGACCCAAGGCAGAAAGACACUCCUGUGGCUAAUAUGGAACCUGUAGAGGGGGAGAGCAAAAGAGACUGCUGGACAGUGGCAUUUGGCAAUGCUUACAAUCAAGAGGAGCGUGUCGUAUGUGCUGGGUAUGACAAUGGGGACAUUAAAUUGUUUGACUUAAAAACCAUGUCACUACGAUGGGAGACCAACAUAAAGAAUGGGGUUUGUAGUGUGGAGUUUGACAGAAAAGAUGUAAAUAUGAACAAGCUGGUGGCCACAUCCCUUGAGGGAAAGUUCCAUGUUUUUGAUAUGAGAACUCAGCAUCCAACCAAAGGUUUUGCCUCUGUUUCAGAGAAGGCACAAAAAUCUACCAUAUGGCAGGUUCGGCACCUGCCACAGAACAGAGAUAUAUUUAUGACAAGUGGAGGAUCUGGGAGCCUCCAUCUCUGGAAAUAUGAGUACCCAGCUCAGCGCUCGAAGAAGGAUUCAGAAGGAGCUGAGAUGGGGACGGCAGGUUCUGUCAGCCUCUUGCAGAACAUAACUCUGUCAACACAGCCAAUCUCUAGCCUAGACUGGAGCCCUGACAAAAAGGGACUGUGUGUUUGUGGGGCCUUUGACCAAACUGUGAGAGUGCUGAUAGUUACAAAACUUAAUAAAAUUUGACAGGAAAACUAGAAUUUCUGAUAAGAAAGCAGUAUUGUUUGCAGUCUGUAAAUAUGGGAGGGGGAGCCCUUCUGUUUCUAAUUUAAUUUUUUCCCUUAAUAAAACUGGAUUAAAGAAAUAGAAACCAGAUCUUUCUAUUGAAAGUUCAGAUAUGUGCACUUAGAGCUGUUCGACUGUGCUGCAAUGACUUGAAGUUGCCUGGGCACAAAACUUUUACCUUCUAGAAAUGUGAAUUUACACUUAAAAUAAGAUGUGCCUUUGUGUGAGCACAACCUGUAAUUUUAUAGUUCACUUUAGUUUGUGUUUAGUUUAUUCACAGUGCAAAU